CUUUCUUUAAUUUUCUAAAAUAAUUGUUUAUUUAUUAUUUCAACCGAAUUUGUCAUAAGUGGAUCAAGGAUAUCUAAGACGAAAAAUAUUAAACAUUUACAUGUCAUCGAAAUAAUCAACGUCACAGUGACACUUUUAACAUCGAUUUAAAAGAAUGUUUUACUCCAUUUCGUUAUUCUAACUCGAGGAAAAACUCUGUAUUUUAAGAAAAUGCCACAUCCGAAAGAAAAAAUUUUCGAAAUAGAUGAACAUAUCUCGAAACGUUUCGAUAUACAGAAGAGACUGGGAAAGGGGGCCUAUGGUAUAGUAUGGAAAGCGAUAGAUCGGAAGACCAAAGAUGUCGUAGCAGUAAAGAAAAUUUUCGAUGCUUUUCGCAACCAAACCGACGCUCAGAGAACAUUCAGAGAGAUUAUGUUCCUUCAAUCGCUCAAGAAUCAUCCAAAUAUUGUCAAAUUGUUUAGCAUCCAUAGGGCUGCCAAUAACAGUGAUAUAUAUCUCGGUUUUGAGUAUAUGGAAACUGAUCUACAUAACGUCAUCAAGAAGGGUAUUUUGAAGGAUAUCCACAAGAAAUACAUAAUGUACCAACUAUUCAAAGCUGUUAAAUACAUUCAUUCGGGGAAUGUAAUUCACCGAGAUCUCAAACCGAGUAACAUUCUUUUAGAUGUCAUGUGCAGAUGCAAAAUAGCUGACUUCGGCCUUGCCCGUUCUUUAUAUCAAGGUUCUGAAGGCAGUUUGAACGAAACUGAUCCAACUUUGACCGACUAUGUGGCAACAAGGUGGUACCGAGCUCCUGAAAUCCUCAUAGCGAAUAGGAGGUACACUAAGGGUAUAGAUAUGUGGAGUCUUGGAUGUAUCUUGGGGGAGAUAACGGCAGGAAAACCGAUUUUUCCUGGAUCUUCAACCGUAAACCAAGUCGAGAAAAUCAUGGCGACUAUACCGACACCAUCCCAAGAAGAUAUCAACCAAGUGUGCGUUUCUGGAGUGGGAAUUUCAAUGAUAAAAAACGCAUCGUCGAGCGAGAAAGUACCUCUUAUCACACUACUAGGAAAAAAUGCGUGUAGAUCGUCCAUUUCUCUUAUAAAUAAGUUGCUAGUGUUCAAUCCGAAUAAAAGACUGACUGCUGAAGAAGCUUUGGAACAUGACUACGUGUCACCUUUUCACGACCCCGAUCAAGAAAUAGUGCUACCACAUGACAUUGUAAUCCCGUUCAAUGACGAUGUCCGUUUGUCUGUUGAAGACUACAGGAAUAAGCUUUACGAGAUAAUGUCUACGCAUCAUGUCAGAAGUAAUAAGACUUCCAGUAAUAAAAUAAAACCUUUUACUCCUGAAUUGCCGACUAGGAUUACCAAAAGCUACGUAAAGUCCGUGUUAAAAGACCCUAAAUCCACCGGAACGCAAUCUGAACCUAAAAUCAACUAUCAUGCUAAAAGCAAUAAUCAUGCAGUGACCGUGAUUAAAUCUGACUCCAAAGUGAUCACUAAACAGAAUAUUCAAUUUCCCAAGAAUCUGAACUGUAGCAGAGUUCAUGUAAAUGAUAGGCAGGUGAGGGAAAAUGGAAGGAAAAGGUUUUCGAACGUGAAGAGUGAUUACACGACUUAUAAUAAUUAUAACCAGUCGCAUGGAAUUAUAACACAGAGUACUCUGAUGGAACUGAAAGCGUCUGGCAUGCGGUAGCAGCAGAUUUACAAAAGGGGAGUUUUGAUUUUAACACUUUUACACAGUAUUAUCUACCGAUCACUUUUUGAUCAAUAUUGCAUAAGUGUUAUGCACUUGUACUUUUCAUAAAUAAAAAAUUUAUUAUACA